GUCAGUGUCAGGAGGAGAAACGAGUUUAAACCUGAAGAAUAAUGAAGCUGCUCCUAAUAGAAGAAGAACACAGGCGACAGUGAGGUUUAAUUCUGCUGAACAUGGAAGAGAACCAGAAUGUUGUCAGUGUCGUCCCUGAAGAUGAAGGCAAAGGCAAGUUCAAGAAGAGCGAGCAUGUUGCUUUUUACAGGCGACAGAUUCAGGGUCCAAACUUGCAGCAUCGAGCCCUUUUGGACACGAUGGUUCUCACUGAGAAAGGAGCUCGUUUUGAAUUAUUGCAAACAGAAACACAGACAAGGCUGCUGCUUUCUUUGUCGCCUUCUAAACGCGACACUGUGAGGAUAUUAAUAGAUGAACUUCGGCCCAUUAAAGCUCGAUACCGAGUUCCAGAUGUUGUAACAGAAGAGCCGCAGUGUGAACAGUUGAGAGUGGACAAACAGACCAAAGACUCCGUCACUCUCUCCUGGUCUUCUGGACGUCACCAGGUCAGAGUCUGGCAUUUUCCUUUCCGUCUGGAGAUCCUGUGUGAGAACGAAGUCGUAGUUACGUUCAACGCUGAAGAGAAGCUGUGGUUUGAGGCGCUGCAGGAUCCUCCCAGUGAGCUUCAGAAGGACAACUCGUUCUGGAAGGAGACGUUCAGACAGUUUGUGGAUAUAAAGGCGAAUGGCCCCAGCAGCAUCGGAGCAGAUCUUUGUCUUCACGGAUUCAGAAAUGUUUACGGUUUACCAGAACAUUCAGACAACCUGCAGCUCAGAGACACCAGAGACGGUGAACCUUACCGGCUGUACAACUUGGAUGUUUUCGCCUACGACCUCCACAGUCGUCUGGGCCUGUAUGGAUCCGUACCGCUGCUGGUGGCCCACAAAGCAGACAGAACUCUGGGAGUGUUCUGGCUCAACGCGUCAGAGACUUUUGUAAACGUACAGUAUUCCCCCACCGAUCAGCAGGAUGAUCAAACUCCGCCGGUGAAGAGGAGGAAGGUUCAUCCUCAGACCGACGUCCGCUGGAUGUCAGAGAGCGGCGUCAUCGACUGCACCGUUCUGCUCGGUCCAAAUCCUCAGCAGCUCUUCAGGCAGUUCGCUCAGCUGACAGGGUUUCAGGCCCUGCCUCCUCUGUUCGCCCUCGGGUACCACCAGAGCCGCUGGAACUACGACGACGAGGCCGACGUGGAGGCUGUGGACGCCGGAUUCGAUCGCCACGACGUCCCGUACGACGUCAUCUGGCUGGACAUCGAGCACACGGACGGGAAGCGAUACUUCACCUGGGACCCCGUUUGUUUUCCUGAACCGAGCCGACUGCAGCGCCGCCUGGAGGAGAAGAAGAGGAAGCUGGUGGUUAUAAGUGACCCCCAUAUCAAGGUGGAUCCUGAUUGGUCGCUCUACUGCGAGGCGAGAGAUGGAGGACAUUUCGUUAAAGACAGAGAAGGACAGAUUUAUAGAGGAACAUGCUGGCCAGGUGACUCCUCUUAUCUGGAUUUCAGCAGCCCAGAAACACGAUCGUGGUACUCCAGGUGCUUCAGCUUGGAUAAAUACAAGGGAUCCACAUCGUCCUUGUUUGUGUGGAACGACAUGAACGAACCGUCUGUGUUUAACGGACCGGAGCAGACGAUGUCGAAGGACGCAGUGCAUUCUGGGGGAUGGGAGCACCGCGACCUUCACAACCUGUACGGGUUCUACCAGCACAUGGCCACAGCGGAGGGUCUGAUAACUCGCUCUGGAGGCUCACAAAGACCUUUCGUUCUUUCACGCUCCUUCUUCGCCGGUUCACAGAGAUUCGGAGCGAUCUGGACGGGAGACAACGUGGCCAGCUGGGAACAUCUGAAGAUCUCCGUUCCGAUGCUUCUCUCUCUGAGCUUGGCAGGAAUCGCCUUCUGUGGAGCUGAUGUCGGAGGGUUUUUUCAGGAUCCAGAGCCGGAGCUGUUGGUUCGCUGGUACCAGGCAGCUGCCCUGCAGCCGUUUUUCAGAGGUCACUCAGCCAAGAUGAUGAAGCGUCGAGAGCCGUGGCUGUUUGGAGACCAAGUUACAGCUGCGAUCCGGACUGCAAUCCAGCAAAGGUACUGUUUGCUGCCCUACUGGUACACACUGUUCCAUCAGGCUCACACUGCUGGUUUACCUCCACUCAGACCUCUGUGGGUGGAGUUCCCCAGAGAGCAGAACACCUUCACCGUGGACCACCAGUACAUGAUCGGAGGAGCGCUGCUGGUUUGUCCUGUGACAGAACCGGGUGUCCGAGAAGUCCAAGUUUUACUUCCUAGAUCUGGUGAGAUUUGGUAUUAUGUCCAUUCUGCAGCGGCGUACAGAGGAGGAACAACUCUGAGUCUACCAGUCACUCUGAACACGGUUCCGGUGUUCCAGCGUGGUGGAUCAGUGAUCUGCAGAUCAGUAGGACGUUUCUCCUGCACAGCAGAUCUCCAGCAGCUCCCCAUCUCCAUCACUGUGGCUCUAAAUAGUCAGGGCGUGGCUGCUGGUGAGUUGUACCUGGACGACUUCCACUCCUUCAGAUACCGAGACGCCAGGUCCUUCUGUCUGCGCAGGUUUGACAUGCUGUCCGGCCGGCUGCUCUGCCGCGCUGCUGGUGAAGGAGGAACGUUUGACUGUGACACCGUGGUUCAGUCGGUUACUGUUCUGGGAGUAAAGAUCAAACCGUCCGCUGUGACAGUGCACGUGUCAGGUUCUGAGGACUCUUCUGCUGCGUUUCAGUUCAUAGAAACCGGCUGCAUGUUGACGCUCAGCAGCCUGAAGCUCCGAGUGACGACAGACUGGGAGAUACGCAUCAGUUAACCGGGAAUAUGUUACCGACUGGUGCUGCUUUUGUCUGGAUUUAUUAAUUAUGUGGCAAGAGCAUCGGGUAAAAGUCCUCACUAAAACUGGAAAGUACAGCCACGUGGUGCUGAUAAAUCCCUCCACAGAUUUAUGCUUUUUUUGCACAAGGCAGUGUUUUUUGCCGAUUGAAUCUAAAACCAGGCACAUUUUUAUUAUUUUACUUCAUUUUUUCAUUUAAGAAGGUGCCUCAACCUCCCAGAAUUAUUUUACUAUAGAACUAAAGUCGGGAAAAACUAUUCAAAUCCAUGCCAAAUUUUGAUUUAUACCAGAUUUCUAUUUGAAUAAUUGGUUUCUUCUGGCUGGAAAUAACAUUAAAAAGUGACAAAAAGCAGUCAGACAUUGUGUAAGAUGAUGACUUUUUAACUAUUUCUUUGUUUUUCGAGCUUAACUAAUAGUUUAGCUUCCAUCUCUUCACAUAUCUUCACCUGAAAAUAACAUCUGAGGUAUGUUUUGGAAAGUAAAAACAGGUUUAACACUGGAAGAAAAGCAAAAAUAUGUGUACACUAUUGUUCAAAAGUUUGGGGUCCCUGAGAAAUGUCCUUAUUUUUGAAAGAAAAGCAUUUUGUUAUCAAUGAAGAUAAUAUUAAUUUAACCAGAAAUCCAGUCUAGACAUUGUUAAUGUGGUAAAUGACUAUUCCAGCUGGAAACGGCUGCUUUUUAAUGGAAUAUCUCCAUAGGGGUACAGAGGAACAUUUCCAGCAACCAUCACUCCUGUGUUCUAAUGCUACAUUGUGUUAGCUAAUGGUGUUGAAAGGUAGCCUAGCCGCGUUAGACCCAGGUCUGAAGAAACAAGGGUCUAGGAACGCUCGACAGGGAGGGAGGCGGGCUACAAGGUUGUCUAUCAAAUCACUCUGCAGCAAUUGGGUAGGUAUACAACCAAUCAUAGGCUCCUAGAGCGCCGGAAAUCAGAGGAUGCGGUAGUUCGGUGAAGCCUUAUUUAUGCAGUCAAUGGGUGAAGCUUAAGUAUAUUACAGGCAUGUUAACAGAAAGAUUAUUCAGAGUCGGUGCUAAUGGAGCUCAACGACUGUUGUCGUUUUUGUUGUCGACCCUGGCAGAGAAUUAAAUUCGUUGCCGUGGGUUGUCUAGCGCGGCUAGGCUAAUUGUUUCCGGUUGUUUCUGUCAGAAUCGUCGCGCCUCUGUCGUCACUUAGUGACGCCCGCCUUCUGACUCUACACUUCAUGGUGAUUCGUCGGCCAGUUUUAGGAGAAUCCAACCUCGAGGCUUACCGAGGGUAACUAGACCCACCCUGGCAGAGAAUUAAAUUUGUUGCUGUGGGUUGUCUAGCACAGCUAGGCUAGUUGAAAUGCUCAUUGAUGAUUAGAAAGUUGCAGUUAUGCAGUGCAGUUAUGUUAGCACAGGAAUAAAAGUGUGAAUUUUUAUGGACAACAUGAAAUAGCCUAGAUGACCCAAACUUUUGAACGGUAAUGGAUAUUUUUCAUGAGUUUCCUCAUUUAUCUCCUCUCAGCUGCGUGUGAACACUGCCUGCAGUUCAGUUGAGUUCAGUUGACAAGUCCCUCUAUUUUUGUCAUCUGACUGCUAAUUACAGUUCAGUUACAAACGGCUUCUUGGUCGCACCAAAAAGCGCAGGACUUUUAGUUACUUAUAGAAUCCUAAAAGGCGACAUUUGAUUAAAUAUCACAGUUUUAAGCGCCGAUUUCGUUAAUUUUUCUCACAAAAAGUGCACCUCACACGUGAUUAAUUCAUGGAUUGUUGGGAAGUUUAAAAAUCUGAUAAUUCCUUCUGUUUUUACAGUUUCUUUCUCUGAUAAAUGGUCAAAUUUAGGCACUUUUUAUGAGACAGCAUGCCUUUGAAACCAACUUCUAUGUAAUUACUAUUAAUGGAGAAUAAAGUGUGAGUUUCUUUCAUUGAAUAAAUCGCUCGGUGAUGCUUGUGUUUGUAA